UCCCUAAGUCAGUCCCUAGAAUCACUACUUUGGUUUGGAAUGGAUCUGACUGCAGUUGCUGUGAAGCGUCUGUAGGGUUCCCCUUUGCCUUAUCCUACACUAUCUCUCUGCUUCCCUCUCCAAUCCGUAACAACAAACGAAAAUAAAAGGCAUCCCCGAAAGCUGAGCCAGUCCCUCUCAGGAUCUGAGCAAAUGAGCAACCUGCUAUACAUCUAGGGGAAUCCUGGGCUGCCUGUCACUCUCCUCACAUAUUCAGCCCAACUCAGCAAGGGGAAUGGAUUGCUGGAGACUUUCAUUGAGGAUCCUGCUAUUGCCUUCAGUGCUGGUCUUCUGCUCUGAUCUCUUUCAUUCUGAAUGCUACACGGUCAACGGGGCUGACUACAGAGGAACCCAAAACCAGACAUCUUUGGACUCUGGGAAGCCUUGCCUUUUCUGGAACGAGACCUUUCAGCAUCCAUACAAUACCCUGAAAUACCCCAAUGGGGAAGGAGGUUUGGGAGAUCACAACUACUGCAGGAACCCAGAUGGUGACGUCAGUCCCUGGUGUUACAUAGCAGAGCAUGAGGAUGGCGUGUACUGGAAGUAUUGUGACAUUCCAACCUGCAGAAUGCCUGGGAACCUGGGAUGCUUCAAAGAUCAUGGAAACCCACCCCCUCUGACUGGCAUUACAGAGACAUCCAAUAAGCAGACAAUUCAGACCUGCAUUACUAUGUGCCGAAGACAACGUUACAAGUAUGCUGGAUUGGAGUCGGGGUUUGCUUGCUUCUGUGGUAAUAAUGCAGAUUACAGAAAACACGGAGAGACGCCAAGCACCGACUGCAACAGUGUCUGUUUUGGGGAUCAUACACAACCAUGUGGAGGGGAUGGACGUAUCAUCCUGUUUGACUCACUCAUUGGAGCAUGUGGUGGAAAUUACUCCAAGGAGGCUGCUGUGAUCUACUCCCCAGAUUUUCCAGACUCGUAUGCAGCAGGAAAAGCCUGUUAUUGGACAAUUCAAGUUCCAGGAGCUGCUUUAAUACAUUUUAACUUUACAUUCUUUGACAUCAAAGACUCACGGGAUAUGGUAGAGCUUUUGGAUGGCUAUACAAAGCAGGUUUUGGUACGAUUUGAUGGCCGGAACCACCCAUCGCAAAGUUUCAACAUUUCAUUAGAUUUUGUUAUCUUGUAUUUCUUCUCUGAUCGCAUCAAUCAGGCCCAAGGAUUUGCACUUGUAUACCAAGCAUUCAAGGAAAGAACCAUAGAAAAGCCUCAAUUAUCCAACCAGACACAGACAGAGCUGAUAACUCAAACAGCCAACCUCAGCAUCAAUGCAGCACGGUCUUCAAAGAUCCUUUAUGUCAUAACAACUAGUCCUAGCCAGCCAACUGGGCAAGUGCCAGGUUGGACAAUCUACGCACUUACAGCUCUGCUCAUUUUAACCAUCAUUGCUAUUUUGGUAAAAGCACUUCUUCACCUAAAUAUAAAGUCUCAGAGGUUGGCAUCACCGACCAGUUUAGACAGCUGCCACCGAGGUUCUGCAGGAGAAAUAUGGAGCAUAUUCUACAAACCUUCAACUUCAAUCUCUAUUUUCCCAAAGAAGAUCAAGGGUCCUCAUGAUGAUCGCAACCCAUUAGUGGGAGAAUAAUUUGCACUUUGGUCAAGACAUUUCAAAUCUGCAGAGUCUCCUGCAAUCUCUGUUCUUAGGAAUUGGUUUUAUAAAUAUAUAUAUUUAUGACCUCUAGAAAUGGACUAUCCAAUCUCUGUGGGCUUCUAGCACCAGGACGACGAGAUGUCAACGUCCAGUCCAGAAGCCUCUAGGACCCAAAUGAUCACAUAAAAUCUCCAGCUAGAAGAGCGAUAGAAACAUGCCAAACGUUCCGGGUACUAUUGUAGCUCUUAUCUCUGAGUACAGGUCAAAGACAAAAUGUGAUUGGGGUGGGAUGGAAGGAACGACAAGCCUAAUGCUGCAGGCGUUACAUACAAUCACGCGGCACUCCAUAUUUAAAAGGGAUACCAGACGUACAUUUUCAGAUCCUCAUUCUUUUUUAAAUAUAUUUAUGAACUUUGGAUUUAAAUAUGGAGCACCAGAUAUUGACUGGAUUUCCGACUGCAUCAUGGAGAACCACAGUAAUGAUGGAUUUUUGUAUCGUGUAUAUUUUUCCAUAACUUCUGAACAGCUUAAAUCAAAGCUGAACCAUCACUCAUAAUAUGAGCCAAACAGGAACCCUUUCCUUCAUUCUAGAGUUUACAUUUUCUCUUGCACAGAAUGAAUGGAUACUUCACAAGGGACUGACAAUUCAGGAAGUUCUGUUGCCCUACAUCAUGCAUGGGUGUUUUGUUUUUUUUCUUGUUUUUUUCUUUUUAAUGCUGGAUGAAAUGAGUGUCAAUGUUUAUGGGGCCAUUAGCUAACUUAUUAUCAGAAUGUGCAUAUUUGUACCCACUUUUCAGUUUAUAAUUUAAACCUGCAUUCUAUACCACUGUCUGUCCUGGAAAUGUUUGUCAGCAUAAUUCAUAAAAUCUGCUCAGAUAAACCUUCUGAUCC